UCAAAACAACUCAUCCAUAUCAUCGUCAAAUAAUGGCUUACUUUAAGCAUCUUGCCCCUUUCUCUGCCUUGCUCGUCGCUUCUUUUUUAAUGAUGACGACAAUGUUCGGGAUGGGAGCGGCGGAGUGCAACGGUCACUCAGUUUGUUCGCCGUUCGAGAUGCCGCCGUGCGGCGAUUCAAAUGUGUGCCGUUGUAUCCCUUGGGGACUGUUUGUUGGGCAGUGCAUAUACCCAAACUCACUGGAAGUUGCAAAGAAGAUCGAGGAGCACCCCAACCUUUGCCAAUCUAGCGGCGAAUGCAUGAAGAAGGGAAGUGGAAACCACUGCGCUGCUUUCCCCAAUCCAGAGAUCCAAUAUGGGUGGUGCAUUAAUAAUUCCUCCGAUGCUUUCAACGGUUUCCUGAAGAUGAUGCCCGCCCAGCAGCUCUAAGGUUUCAUUCCACACGAACCAAACGCGGCCCUAUAUGCAUGCAUCUAUCCUAAAAUAAAUAUGAGCGUCAGAGCGUGUAAUAAAGUUUGUCUACUAUCCGUUCAUCAGCUCGACAAUUUGAACCUACAGAUGCAAUUUGUCGUUGCAAUCUUAGUGGUUAUUUAAAUUUCAAAUUUCAAUGCAUGCUUUCCACUCCAAUCUCUCUACUUAGCUUCUUCUUUAAAUUGAAAAACUUAC